AUGCGGGCUGUUUUUGUUAUUCUUAGGGCGGCGAUUGCUGCUGCUGCUGCGCUCUCUGUGUCGCGUAACCCUGCAGAGAUCUUGGGUAUCCGAUCAUCACAACACCUAUUUAGCUGUGCUGCUACGCAAUGGCCUCCCAACACAAUCGGGGAGAAAAAUGUCCCCCAAAAGCCCUCCCAAGAUCUUAAAUCCAUCCUUACCGAGGUUGACCCUUCAAACAUUGAAGCAACCAUCUUGAAGCUUGUUUCCUAUGAAACUAGGCACACACUCUCAACCCAAAAUAGUACGACCAGAGGCAUUGGCGCUGCCCGAGACUGGCUCUACUCUGAAUUCCAACGAAUUGCUGAUGCCAGCGAAGGGCGACUGACUGUUGAAAUUGUCUCGUACAUUCAACAACCAGAUGGCAACCGGAUACUGUUUCCAGUUCGGAUCAGCAACGUUGUGGCAAAGCUCCAUGGCACAGAAAAGCCAGAAAGAUUAUACGUCGUCUCAGGCCACUAUGAUUCGAGAAACUCCGAUCCUCUGGACUAUGAGGGUGACGCCCCUGGAGCUGACGAUGACGCCUCUGGUGUCGCCAUCUCACUUGAGCUCGCUCGAAUCAUGUCCCAGCCCAGAUAUCCUCUGCCAAAAGCUACAAUCGCUUUUGUGGCGGUCGCUGGCGAGGAGCAGGGUCUUUUAGGAGCGCAGUACCUUGCGCAGACGUACGCCAACUCCACCCCACGUGUUAACGUCGAGGGCAUGUUCACCAACGACAUCGUGGGAUCGCCCAAGGGUGACGACGGCACUGUGGACGCACAUACUAUCCGCCUGUUUGCUCAAGGCUUGCCAAAUCUCAAUGUUGAGAAUUCCACGGUGCGGGAGAGGCGCCUCCAGGUUGGUGGUGAGAGCGAUACACCAGCUCGCAAUCUCGCACGAUUCGCCAAAGAGGUGGCCCAAAAUGACGCUACUGAUAUGAAUGUGAACGUGAUACAUCGACUGGACAGAUAUUUGAGAGGUGGAGACCACCGGCCUUUCCUAGAGGCUGGUUAUGCUGCUAAUCGCUUCACGGAGCCACACGAGGACUUUGCUCACCAGCAUCAGGAUGUCAGAGUUCAAGACGGGAAGCAAUAUGGUGACCUCCCCGAGUUUUGUGAUUAUGAGUACAUCUCUCGGGUCGGCAAAGUCAACGGCGCAAUCUUGUGGAGCUUGGCGAAUUCGCCCGGCGUGCCGCAGAACGUGAGAGUGAACACAACUACUCUUGGGAAUGACAGCACAUUCUAUUGGGAUCCACCUGCUGGCGGGGAGGAAGGUGUGGGUAGUUACGAAAUAGUUUGGAGAGCAACAGCUGCGCCAUUUUGGACAGAUGUUGUGGACGUUGGUUUAGUUAACCAAGCCACAUUGGACUUGAGCAAGGACAAUGUUGUCUUCGGGAUUCGAGCGAAGAGCCCGGAAGGUUUCCGGGGAGUUGCUGUGUUUCCAUUCCCUGCUGCCUGA